AUGGCAUGUGCAGAGGGCAGCAGGGCGCACGGGGCGCACAGGGCAGCAGGGCAGCAGGGCGCACAGGGCAGCAGGGCAGCAGGGCGCACAGGGCUGCAGGGCAGCAGGGCGCGCGGGGCGAACAGGGCAGCAGGGCGCACAGGGCUGCAGGGCAGCAGGGCGCACAGGGCUGCAGGGCAGCAGGGCGCGCGGGGCGCGCAGGGCAGUAGGACAGCAGGGCGCGCGGGGCGCGCAGGGCUGCAGGGCAGCAGGGCGCGCGGGGCGAACAGGGCAGCAGGGCGCACAGGGCUGCAGGGCAGCAGGGCGCGCGGGGCGCGCAGGGCUGCAGUGCGCGCAGGGCGCGCAGGGCAGCAGGACAGCAGGGCGCGCAGGGCGCGCAGGGAUGCAGGGCGCGCGGGGCGCACAGGGCAGCAGGGCAGCAGGGCGCGCGGGGCGCAUCAGGGCUGCAGGGCGCGCGGGGCGCACAGGGCAGCAGGGCAGCAAGGCGCACAGGGCUGCAGGGCAGCAGGGCGCGCGGGGCGCGCAGGGCUGCAGGGCGCGCAGGGCGCGCAGGGCAGCAAGACAGCAGGGCACACAGGGCGCGCAAGGCUGCAGGGCGUGCGGGGCGCACAGGGCAGCAGGGCAGCAGGGCGCGCGAGGCGCAGCAGGGCUGCAGGGCGCGCGGGGCACACAGGGCAGCAGGGCAGCAGGGCAGCAGGGCGCACAGGGCUGCAGGGCAGCAGGGCGCACAGGGCUGCAGGGCAGCAGGGCGCACGGGGCGCACAGGGCUGCAGAUCCUCUCCCCCCAACUGCUGCACCCGCAGCAGGAGGAUGGAGGAGAAGGGAGGGGGGGGGGGGGGGGGGGUGUGGGUGCUGCAGAUCCCCUCCUGCCACCCGCUGAACCUCCAAGCUCCCCCAUACUCUCCCCCCACAGCAGCAGGCGCAGCCGUGAGAGGGGGGAGGGGGGGGGGGGGGGAGGGGGGGCUGGUGCUGCAGAUCCCCUCCCCCCAGGGAUGGAGGAGAAAGGGGGGGGGAGGGGGGCGAGGGGGGCUGGUGCUGCAGAUCCCCUCCUGCCACCCCCUUAACCUCCAAGCUCCCUGCCCCCCUCCCAACACAAGAGCUGCGCGUGUGAUUGCAAGGCGCGCGGGCAGGAAGAAACCGUCACCCCUCUUGCCACCCCCUUUCCCUCCAUGA